AUGGGCUGCGCUUCGUCUUCGGUGGCGGCGUCGCCGUCGAGUCGGUCCGCUCGUGCGCCCGGCUACGAGGAGCCCGUCGUCCUCGCCUCCCAGACCUGCUUCACGGUGAACGAGGUGGAGGCGCUGUACGAGCUCUACAAGAAGCUCAGCUUCUCCAAAGUCGGAGACGGCCUCAUCCACAAGGAAGAAUUCCAGCUUGCCUUGUUCAGGACCAGCAAAGGAGCGAAUCUCUUCGCGGAUAGGGUGUUCGAUCUCUUUGACCUGAAGCGGAACGGUGUCAUCGAGUUCGGGGAGUUCGUGCGGUCGCUCAGCACGUUCCACCCAAAAGCGCCUGAAUCGGACAAGAGAGCGUUUGCAUUCAAAUUGUACGAUUUGAGGGGGACGGGCUACAUCGAGAAAGAAGAGCUUAGGGAGAUGGUCCUGGCGAUUCUGGAUGAGUCGGACCUAUUCCUUUCGGAUAAUGCUGUCGACGCAAUUGUCGAUAAUACAUUCAGUCAAGCAGACUCCAAUGGCGAUGGCAGGAUAGACCCCAUAGAAUGGGAGGAGUUUGUGAAGAAGCACCCAGCAUCGCUGCGGAACAUGUCGCUUCCAUAUCUCCAGGACAUAACCAUGGUGUUUCCGAACUUUGCAGUGCGGUAGUGCACUCGGGUGUCAAAAAAUCCGGUGUGAUCGGCAAAUAAACAGGCACAACUACCAAUACCUGGCUGGAGGCGAUGCAUUCAAAAGCGACCAGCAACUAAAAGGAUGGAACUAAAAGAGGUUAAUGGAAAAAAAAUCUGCUAGCCGCUAAGCAUCUGUCAGAUAACACCAUGAAAUUAUUUUCUACUUUAUUGUUAGUGUAGGUUGUAGUC